UGUGAUAUGUAGCAAAAGGUGUUAAUGAUUUCACCAAGCUGCCAGCUUGAAGUAAUUUUAAAAUCAGGAUUUACUGAACAGGUAUCUUCAGAUAAAGGAGGUUUAGGAAUUGGUUUGGAAUACUUAGGAAUAUUCCAUCCCUUUCCCAUAGCUCAUGACAGGAAAACAUAUCAUUCCCUUCAGCAGCAAGACUUUGAAUGUCAGAAGAUGAUUUACCAUUCAUGACAGUGCAGCAGGGAGCCCCAGUGUACUGCAUUAGGUCACUCUUGCUCAAUGGUUUUCCUAGUUCUGUGUCUUAUACUGAGCAAAACUGUCAGCACCAAAAUAUCUGUAGCUGGGCUCCAGGAUAGUAAGAGAGGAACAGGAGGUUUUGUGCAAGUCCAAUUGAAAGGAAAUCAGCAUUAUUUUUGCAGGGCUGGGGUUGUCUGGAUGUCUGGUUGUACAAGGUAGAAGCUCUUCUGACAGGAAUGUUCCUGGGAUCUGUGGUGUUUCCAAGAGUUUCUGGCUGGUAUCAGCUGUGAUUUGGGAACAAAUUUCUUCUUCCUGGGCAAAACAGAAGCAAGUGGGCCAAAAAAACCUCUUGACUACCUUGUGGCUGCUUUCAGCUGAGAUGCUCUAUCCUGGAUGUGAGUUUUAUUCCGUCAGGCUCCCAGGAUGUUUGCCCAGAACUCCUGGAACUUUGCAAGCCCUGUGCUGCUGCUGGUGCUGCUGGGCUGUGUCCUGUGUCCCUCAGCACAGGCCAGCAAGGUGGGUGACACUGAGCCCUCCGAGGACAUUCGCUGCAAGUGUAUCUGCCCCCCCUACCGCAACAUCAGCGGGCACAUCUACAACAAGAAUGUAUCCCAGAAGGACUGCAACUGUCUGCACGUGGUGGAGCCUAUGCCAGUGCCUGGGAAUGACGUGGAGGCCUAUUGCCUGCUCUGCGAGUGCAAGUAUGAGGAGCGCAGCACCACCACCAUCAAGGUGAUCAUCAUUGUCUACCUGUCGGUGGUGGGGGCUCUGCUGCUCUACAUGGCAUUCCUGGUGCUCGUGGACCCCCUGAUCCGCAAGCCAGACCUCUACACCCAGCCCCUGCACAAUGAGGAGGACAGCGAGGAUACUCGCUCCCUGGCCAGAGUGCCCACCCUGGCUGGUGCCAGGGCCAACACGGUGCUGGAGCGGGUGGAAGGGGCACAGCAGCGCUGGAAGCGGCAGGUGCAGGAGCAGAGGAAGACGGUGUUCGACCGGCACAAGAUGCUGAGUUAGAUUCUGCUGGGCUCUGCCCUAUCAGGACACCCUAGUGUUGGAAUGGAACCUCCAACCCUCCCCGAUUCACUGUCUCCAGAGGGAGCCGCAGCCCCAAAGGCUUCUCUGAUUGUGUCCCACAUCCUUCCCCUGCCCAGCUGCACUGGCCCCUGGGCUAUGGCUGCCAUUUGGAGCUCGACCAAACACAGGACUCCAUCAGCCCACCCCAGCAGGGGUGGGAACAGAGCACUGGGAGCUGGCUGAGUCUUCCUGGGAUAAAAAUAGUGGGAGAAUUUUGGUGUGGGAUAAAUUAUGUGAUGUUUCUCCAGGAUGCAGCAGCAACCUCCUCCUCCAGUGUGCACUGAUGGUCCCUGGGCAUUGUGGUGCUGAGCUACAUGUGCAGCACAGGAACAAAGGGGAGGGGGUUUCUGCCAGUGGGCACUGCUGUUUCCACUUAUCCUGAUGUAAAUGGAGAGAUUUCCAUACCUCUGGAGUCUGUCCAGGUUUACACUGGCAUAACUGAGACUGUAGCAUGCUUCUGGGCAGGUGAGUACCACAAAAUGUGUUAGUACCUACAUCAGUAAGAGUCCAACAGGUAAAAAGCUGGUUUACAUUUCUAUCUUUUUGUGCUUUACCAGUAGAAAAAAAUCUCCUGGAGUGAAACCUCUCCAUUUGUACCCACACUGGUGACCCUUGGUGUUCUUCCCAGGGUGGGCAGCAGCAUUUUUGUCCAAGAGAACUGGGGCAAAGGCUCUCCUGGACCACCUGUCAGGGCCCUGGGAAGUGAACACUUGUGCCACUCAGAACAUUCCAAGAGCUCUGACAGGACUUGGGCUGCGUGGAGGAAGCAGCAGUGGUUCUGCCAUGUGUAUUGAUCCCACUGAGAACAUUUGGAGUUUAUGGUGUAGCACAUCUGUAUUAAAUGCAAAGAUCUACUACCUGAGUGGCUUUUUCUUCAGGGGAAAAACCCCAUCCAUGCCAUGUCUGGGGCUUUCCAUCCGCCUGCCAGUGCCCAGCAAGUGAGCUGAUGUCACCUCAAGCCAGAGCUGUGGUUAUGGCACAGCAGGAGGGUCCCUGGCACUGCUCCCUGCUGACAGUAAUUCUCCUGUUCCAGGAGAGCCAUGGAACAUGGGCAGACCUGAGUCCUGCUUGGCACAGGUUAGUGACUUAACUUCUCUGGCCUAUCCCAUAGGAAAGCUGAGCAGACUGGAAUUCUUCCUUUUGAGGAAGCUGAGAAAUUUUUGUUGAAAGCCUAAUUGGGAGAGGUGCCAGUCACGGCCCUACACGCUGGAGCCAGCAGCUGCUAGUGGAGCAUCCAGCCCUCCAAGCUGGCCCGGCCAGACAAACCCAAACAGCAGCUUUUGGGAGCCUGUGUGUACCCCACUUACCCUUCAGCAUCUCACUGAGCUAAAAAGGACACAGAGCUUCACAUUAUACCAAGGUCAUG